AUGGGUCAGGAUUCCCCAUCAGGCGAUUCUGGUGACGGAGAUAUUUUGAAAAUUCUCAAGGAAGAAGGACCUGAGGCCAUGCUACAAGCAGUCGGACAACAUGUGAUGAAGAAGCUCGCUGGAAUGCUGCUUAUUUCAUUGGAAAACUUUGAGUAUGAUGGCAACUCAAUUGCAAGCUACGGCAUUGAUAGCAUGAUUGGAGCAGAGCUGCGCAAUUGGCUUUUCAAGCAAUACACCCUGGAUAUUGCAUUCCAGGAGCUUUUGGCACCCAAAAUGAGCAUCAAAACUUUAGCUACGGCCAUUGCUACCAAUCUGGGCUUGCUUUCUGUGUCCUCUUGA